CCGCCCCGCCCCUCUCGCGGGACCGGCCACCAUCCUCUCGCGAGAGCAGCCCGUACGACCGGAAGCGGGGCGGUGACCCCGGAAGUCCCCGCCGGGUGCAGCUUGGUCGGUUCGAUCGCCGCCGGGACCUGACGCCGCCCGGAGUCGGCGUCCCUUCUCUCUCUCCGAGUGCUGCUCCUGUCAUUGUGGCCAUGGACGAUACCCUGUUCCAGUUGAAGUUCACGGCGAAGCAGCUGGAGAAGCUGGCCAAGAAGGCGGAGAAGGACUCCAAGGCAGAGCAGGCCAAAGUGAAGAAGGCCCUUCAGCAGAAAAAUGUAGAGUGUGCCCGUGUGUAUGCCGAGAACGCCAUCCGCAAGAAGAACGAAGGUGUGAACUGGCUUCGGAUGGCGUCCCGCGUAGACGCAGUGGCCUCCAAGGUGCAGACGGCCGUGACCAUGAAGGGGGUGACCAAGAACAUGGCCCAGGUGACCAAAGCUCUGGACAAGGCCCUGAGCACCAUGGACCUACAGAAGGUCUCCUCAGUGAUGGACAGGUUCGAGCAGCAGGUGCAGAACCUGGACGUCCACACGUCGGUGAUGGAGGACUCCAUGAGCUCGGCCACCACGCUGACCACACCGCAGGAGCAGGUGGACAGCCUCAUCAUGCAGAUCGCUGAGGAGAAUGGCCUGGAGGUGCUGGACCAGCUCAGCCAGCUGCCUGAGGGCGCCUCUGCCGUGGGCGAGAGCUCUGUGCGCAGCCAGGAGGACCAGCUGUCACGGAGGUUGGCCGCCUUGAGGAACUAGCCGUGCCCCGCCGCAGUGCACCACCUCUGCCCCGUGGUGUGCUGGAAGGUUCCUGUCCUCUCCCCACCGCGUCUUGCCUUUGUGCUGGCCCUGCGGAGCUGUGACCGGCAGCCACUCUGUGUGUCUCACCUGCCAGGCCUGCGUGGCCUCAGGGUGUUCCUGUUCCUUUAGGUUGGGCGGUGGAUCUGCGUCCUGGUGUUGAGUUUCUGCAAAUUUGUGGGGGUGAUUUCUGUGACUCUGGGCCCACAGCGGGGAGGCCAGGAGGGGCCCUGUGGACUUUUACCCAGCACUGUGGGGGCCUUCAGACUCUGGGGCAGCAGACAUGCUGCUUCCUCAUCAGCCAGAGGGGGUCAGGGCUACCCUGUUGCCAAGCAACUCCCUGAGGCCUCUCCACACCCCCUCAGCGGGCAGGAGGUCCCACCAUGUGCACAGACAUAGCCCAAGGAGGUACCACAGGCCUGUGUGUGCUGGGGGAUGUCAGGUGCCACCCCGCGCCAUCCUGGUGGCAUUUACAAUGACACCCUCCUCCUCCAUGAUUCCAGGAGUGCGGUCUCGGCUGCCCCUACCAGCUGGCUGAGCCCCCUGGCCUCCUGCGCUCCCUCAGUUCCUAAAGCUGCCCAGUCCAUGGGGACAGAACUGUCACCCAGAUCCACAUCCAAGUGUGCCCACCCUGCCGUCUUCAUCCUCACUCAGUUGCUGCCUCUGGAGGUGCCUUUGGCCACGUGGGCUGUGCUGUCUGUCUCCUCGGCAGAGCCCCUCCUCGGGCUGGCGCAGUCUGAGAGGAUGUGUCUGCGGCUCCUCCCGGUGGGCAGCCUGGGUCUCCCAGAGGACCUGUCCUUGGGGCCUCGCUUCGGACGAUGCUGCCUGUGUCGCCUCUGCCGUCUGAAGGACGGGGUGCCUUCCCAGCGUGGAAGCCACAGCAGCUGGUGAAGGGCGCUCAGGAGAGCCGUCUAGCUGGGCUGGGGUUGGGGCUUCUUUGAGGACAACCUGCCAGUGUGGCCCUGGAGAGCUGCCAGCAGCUCUUGGGACAGACUUGCUGGGAGGCUGAGGGGCUUUGGACCUGCUGUCUUUUCCAUUUCCUAGAGUUUACGUCAUUGUCUUGAGGCUUCCAGGAUUUUUUGUUUUUUUGCCAAAGUAGAAAAGGCAGGUGGUGGGCGGCUGGUGGGGAGUGUGGGUCCCCGCCCCCUCAGUCCCGCCCAUCCCUCGCAGCCCACGCGGAGGCCGCAGCGGUGUCGUGGCUGUUACAUGCAGGAACGUGGAGACCCCAACUUUGGCUCACUGCAUUUGGUGUUUUUUUUUCAGAACUUGGGAGCCCCAGGGAGGGGCUGGUGUUGGUAGGUCCUGGAUGUGGUUCCCUCCAGCCUCCCCAAAAUCAACCCUGGCGUUGAGAGAACGUCCUGUCCGUCAUGGGUAACAGCCUUGGGGAGGGCGCAGAGCUCUGCAGAGCCAUGGCCAGGUGGGGGCUGCCUCAGUCCUGUCCUCUUGGGCACUGGGGAGAGGGGCCUGUUCAUCUUUUUCCUAGAAUGCUGUUGUAAAUAAACAAAUGGAUCCCUGGAAA